UUCGGUACUCGAGUGCCAAUCUGAAACCUGCAGCAAUAACAAUCACAUACACGACGGGCCGUCCGGGAAUGGGUUCGUCCAGAAAUGCUUCAAAACGACUUCGUCGAACAUGGAGUCCAUUCCUUCGAUUUGGAUGGCGAGAUUGCUCAGGAGAAGGGAUACAGGACAAAUGAUUCGCUGAGUCGAUUCCCAGUGACAAAGCCCUUCGCCCAUCUGAAUCGCAUGCUUCGAGCGUUGAAGGCUUGGUCUCGUGUGAAUACAUGUCUAUUUCCAACGACCACGAUCGGAACCAUCGCCAUUGGGUAUUUUGUCUGAAUUUGGCAGAGACGCAGCCCGGAGCAACGAAUCGCUCCCAAUCCCAGCAACAGGAGCAUA